CAAAAGGUAACGGUAACACGCGAAGCACGUUAGCAAGUGUUAUUGUUAAAAUAUCCACUCUGAAGUGUUCGUUUAAUUGACUUGAUUAUACUCAUUCUUAUAAAAAGUACAAAUUCCAAGGUUAAAUCAAAUCACUCUAUAUAUAGCUGAUAUUGUAAAUGAUAAAGUCAGCGCCUUCUUUUCUAAUUAAUUUUUUGUUCAUAAAUACACUAUCUCUAAACUUGACAAACUCAAUGCAUUAAGAAAUUUAUUUUUCUAAAAAUUUUGUUUAUAAAAUUCUUUUUAUCUUUUAUUAUUAUUAUUAUUAUUAUUUAAGUCAAUGACCUAAAAAGAACGGAAGAGAGGUUAAAAAAGUCAAGAUCGAAGAAGGACUGAGCGGACAGUUGCAUGCAUGUUAGUUGCAUUUGUGUUAGAGGUGAAAGUACACACAUAAGUUGCCUGAAGUUGUUAACCACUGUUAACUUUACUUGACAUGUCUGUGCCCCACCUUUUUUUUCGAGUGAAUACGAGUUUGUCGAGAAGUGCACCUCUAUUACAAUUUGUGAAUAGCACUGUCACUUUGGUAACGCAGACAAGUUUUUCAACGCCGGUUACAAAUUAUAAUUCAUCGCUUCAAUUACAAGAAUAUUCACUUGUUAGAAAUUUCAGUACUUCAACAGCAAUGGCAAAAAUAAAGGCCGGUCCCGUUGUUGAUAUUUUAGGUGAUGAAAUGACCCGAAUUAUUUGGGACUCAAUAAAGGAAAAAUUAAUCCUUCCUUAUUUAGACAUCGAAUUACAUACAUACGACUUGGGAAUAGAAAAUCGUGACAAAACAGAUGAUAAAGUAACUGUAGAAUGCGCCGAGGCAAUAAAAAAAUAUAAUGUUGGUAUCAAAUGCGCUACCAUAACGCCUGAUGAAAAUAGAGUUGUUGAAUUUAAACUUAAGCAAAUGUGGAAAAGUCCAAAUGGAACAAUAAGAAAUAUCCUUGGUGGUACUGUAUUUCGUGAGGCAAUUAUUUGUAAAAAUAUUCCCCGACUUGUUACUGGUUGGACUGAUCCAAUUAUAAUUGGAAGGCACGCUCAUGGUGAUCAAUAUAAGGCCACUGAUUUUCUUGUACCUGGCCCUGGAAAAUUACAAAUUACAUGGACUGGUAAUAAUGGACAAAAAAUUGAACAUCUUGUCUAUGAUUUUAAAUCGUCAGGUAUUGCACAAGCAAUGUAUAAUACUGAUGAAAGUAUUCGAGAUUUUGCUCGCAGUUCAUUUGAAUAUGCUUUAUCUAGAAAAUAUCCUCUUUAUCUUUCAACGAAAAAUACUAUUCUCAAAAAAUAUGAUGGUAGAUUCAAAGAUAUCUUUCAAGAAAUUUACGAUAAGGACUAUAAAUCAAAAUACGAGGCUCAAAAUAUUUGGUACGAACAUCGAUUGAUUGACGAUAUGGUGGCUUAUGCAAUGAAAUCAAACGGUGGAUUUGUCUGGGCAUGUAAAAACUAUGACGGUGACGUUCAAUCAGAUUCUGUGGCUCAAGGUUAUGGAUCUUUGGGACUUAUGACAUCAGUUUUAAUUUGUCCCGAUGGUCGUACAGUGGAAGCUGAAGCUGCUCAUGGAACAGUGACUCGUCAUUAUCGUCAAUAUCAACAAGGAAAAGAAACUUCGACAAAUCCAAUUGCUUCAAUAUUUGCUUGGACAAGGGGUUUACUUCAUCGAGCGAAACUCGAUAAUAAUGAUAAAUUAAAACAUUUUGCCGAAACUUUGGAGAAAGUAUGCGUCGAUACUAUUGAAUCUGGUAGUAUGACAAAAGAUCUUGCCAUUUGUAUUAAAGGAAUGAAUGGAGUUAAAAGAAAUGAUUAUUUGGAAACUUUUGAAUUUAUGGACAAAUUGGCAGACAAUUUGAAAAAAAGUCUUAAAGUAUGACUCAAUGACAUUCCAAUUUUUAAAGUACAGUCUAAAUAUUAACUAUUUUUUAUAGUCGCCAAUGAUUUUUUUUUAAUAUGUAAAAAUACAUAUACCUGACUAUAAAAAGAGAAAAAUGUACGUAUAUAUUUUUUAAUUCUCAGAAUUCAAAGAAAUGCGGAAUUAGAAAAAAAAGAGAAAUUUUUUUAAAAAAAUAUUGUCAAUUUUUGAAAUAUAAAUGAAAAAUAGAACUUUUAUUAUAUAUAUACAAUUUUCUACUGUAGAAAAAACUAUUUGUAAUAUUAUAAAUACAUUUUUGAACACUUUU